AUGUGGUCGUGUCUGCAACAAGAAGAACAAUCGAAGUCGUUUCCGAUGAACCACGAGGUGGUACGACGCCUCAGCAGAGGAGGGGCCAAUCAAACCGAAGUACUGACCAAAGAAUUCUUGGCCGAUAAGACCAUCGCGCUCUAUUUUCAGGCAAGUUGGUGCCACGUGUGCCAAAAUUUCACAAAGAUUUUGAAGAAGAAUUGCAGUAAGGUGAAGAAAGAUCGCAGGCUGCUCGUACUGGUCGUCAAUCAAGACGAAGACGAACCGUCAUACGAUGCAUGUUACAAAGCUGCUCCAAAACAGUGGCUGUGGUUGCCCUUCAACGACAAAAUGCGAAGGUAAAC